AUAAUUGUCAAAUAAAUUUCGUGAAUAUUGUCACGACGCAGAUUCGCCAUGCCGAGAGAAGCAGAACCCUCGCUUAGCGAGAGAACAUUUACAUUACAAGCUCUGGGAGAAGGGCUGCGUCUUGAUGGCCGCAAGCUCGACCAAUGGCGAUCCAUGAGCCUUCAGUUUGGCGACGAGUACGGCUCAACAGAGGUGCAAUUCGGCAAAACUAGAGUUCUCGCCAAAGUUUCCGCAGAAGUCACAGUUCCCUUCGCAGACCGUCCGUUUGACGGCAUCUUCAUAAUCGCCUCGGAGCUCAGCCCCAUGGUUGCGCCAUCAAUCGAAGCAAACCGCCCUACCGAGACCGAAGUCGUUCUUUCUCGUCUGCUCGAAAAGACCAUCCGCCGCUCUGGUGCCUUGGACACGGAGUCGCUAUGUCUGGUCGCUGGGCAAAAGUGCUGGUCUGUCCGCGUGGACCUCCACGUUCUCACACACGAUGGCAAUUUAAUCGAUGCCGCAUGCUUUGCGAUUGUCGCCGCCCUUCGCCACUUCCGCAAGCCUGAGACUACCAUGGAGGGCGAAACACUGACGAUAUUCACACCUGCGGAGCGAGAGCCCGUGCCACUGAGCUGGCUGCACUCUCCGUUCUGCGUCACGUUUAGCUUCUUCGGCGACGAGGGCGAUAUUGUGGUUCUAGAUGCUUCGUUAUUAGAAGAGCAGCUUAGAGCCAGCAAUUGUACGUUCAGCUUAAACAGACACGGCGAGAUUUGCCAGGUAUCCAAGCUUGGUGGGCUAGCGAUUGAUGCGCCGCUGUUUGUGCAGUGCGCGCAAACCGCGCUGCAGAAGACAAAGGAGUUUACAGACAUGGUGGAUAGGAAAUUGGCAGAGGACUCUAAGAGAAGAAACAAGGGCGGUCUGCUGGCCGAGCUAACGGCCGAAAAUGACAGGUGAUGGGGCACGAAAGGGGAUAGAAACUGAACGACGUCAUGAUACCCUCAUAGUUAGAGGCAAAAAGCUCAUCUUUUUGUAUUGUAAAAAAUAUAUAUCACCAUAUUACAAGACAGCCCUCACAGCUGCGACAGAGAUUAUCGCCCAGUCGUAAAUCAUGAUGCGCCCUAACCCCAAGAAAUGCCUAUCAACGCCUGUAUCUAUAUAUGUAUGUGUGGGCUCUCUGCAACCACGCUCACCGCAUCACUGGAGGCCGUGACUCUUUGUUCCACUGGACUCGUGUUCUCAACCAGUCUACCGCUUCUCUGACACCCUCGCCCGUCAGCGCGCUCAUGGCCAAGACUCUUGAGUCGCGAAUGCUGGCGGCCUUGUCGCCCUCCAUGACCUUCUUGACAAGCCCCUCCUUGAUGCGGAUCGUCUCUACGCAGUCCUCUCGAUCCUGCUUAUUGGCCAAUAUUAACAGCGGCACACCUUCGGCUUCAGAGUGCUGCAGUACAUCCUCCAGCACUAGGCGACACUCUUCCAAGCGGCCGCUGUUAUCGUGUUCAAGGGAGCCGUCGCCGACGUCGGUGCUGUCGAUGAUGAAGACUAUAGCGUGGCAGCUGGCGUAAUAUGACUGCCAGAGAUUGCGGAGGGUAAGCUGGCCACCAACAUCCCAGACCUUGAGGUACAUGUCGGGGAGAGGCAGCGUCGAGACAUUCUGGCCGACGGUAGGGACAGUCUUGAGCUUCGGUUCGGGGGCGUUGGGGAGGAAGAGGGACUUUAUUUGCUCGUGGAAGGUUGUCUUGCCGGCAUUGUCGAGGCCUAGGAGGAUAACAGAGUAUUCUGCGCAGAGGAGAAGGCGGUUAGUUGGGGCAUGGGACUGGGAGACGGUGAGCUUGGUGCACACCUUCUUUGCUUGUGGCGUAGAGAUAGAGGCCCUUUGCGAGGUGGUACAUGGCGGGCUGCGCAGGUGUAUGGCGCGCUACGUUGUGUGUACUUUAAAGAUCGUGUAAUUAGUCCUAUGUCUGCUAUGAAGUUGUUGGUGAUCGAUGGUGGGCAAGGGAGGCAGCGGGCGGAAAGUUGGGACAGGUUGAAGACGGACUGGCGACG